GGCCAGAAUCUCUCUUCUUCAACCUUCUGUUUCUGGAGGGGCACCUUCAACAAGCUCCGCACCGGCAGCGGCUUCAUUUCGUUACUCAAGAAUACGUGGAAAUACCACACCUGUUCACAGACACCAUGUCUUUCCUCACUGUCAGCAGGUUAGCGCCUAAACUCCUCAACUCAAAGAAUGCUGCGUUCCUUCAGGCUGCCAGGAAUGCCAGCGCUUCAACAACAAAUCUGAAGGAUAUCCUGGCCGACCUCAUCCCCAAAGAACAGACCCGCAUCAAGAGCUUCAAACAGCAGUACGGCAAAACCAACAUAGGCCAGAUCAACGUCGACAUGGUGUACGGAGGCAUGCGGGGGAUGAAGGGUCUGGUGUACGAGACCUCUGUUCUGGAUCCUGAUGAGGGUAUCCGUUUCCGUGGCUACAGCAUCCCAGAAUGUCAGGGUCUGCUGCCCAAAGCUCCAGGAGGACAGGAGCCGCUGCCCGAGGGUCUUUUCUGGCUGCUGAUCACAGGACAGGUGCCCACCGAGGAGCAGGUGAGCUGGGUCUCCAAAGAGUGGGCUAAGAGAGCGGCCCUCCCCUCCCACGUGGUCACCAUGCUGGAUAACUUCCCCACCAACCUGCACCCCAUGUCCCAGUUCAGCGCAGCCAUCACGGCUCUGAACAGCGAGAGCAGCUUCGCCCGCGCCUACUCCGAGGGGGUGCACAAGUCCAAGUACUGGGAGUUUGUGUAUGAGGACUCCAUGGAUCUGAUUGCGAAGCUGCCCUGCAUCGCUGCCAAGAUCUACCGUAACCUUUACCGUGAGGGCAGCAGCAUCGGAGCCAUCGACUCCAACCUGGACUGGUCCCACAACUUCAGCAACAUGCUGGGAUACAACGACUCCCAGUUCACUGAGCUCAUGAGGCUCUACCUCACCAUACACAGUGACCAUGAAGGAGGGAACGUCAGCGCUCACACCAGCCACCUGGUGGGCAGCGCUCUGUCCGACCCCUACCUGUCCUUCAGCGCCGCCAUGAACGGCCUCGCUGGCCCUCUGCACGGCCUCGCCAACCAGGAGGUGCUGGUGUGGCUGACGGCGCUGCAGAAGGAGCUGGGAGGAGAAGUCUCUGACGAGAAGAUGAGGGAUUACAUCUGGAACACACUCAAGUCUGGACGGGUUGUCCCCGGUUACGGCCACGCCGUCCUGAGGAAGACGGACCCCCGCUACACCUGCCAGCGGGAGUUUGCUCUGAAGCACCUGCCCAACGACCCGCUGUUCAAGAUGGUGGCUCAGCUCUACAAGAUCGUGCCCAACGUGCUGCUGGAGCAGGGCAAGGCCAAGAACCCCUGGCCCAACGUGGACGCCCACAGCGGGGUGCUGCUGCAGUAUUAUGGGAUGUCUGAGAUGAACUACUACACGGUUCUGUUCGGAGUGUCCCGGGCUCUCGGUGUCCUCGCUCAGCUGGUGUGGAGCCGGGCGCUGGGCUUCCCUCUGGAGCGCCCCAAGUCCAUGAGCACGGACGGACUGAUGGCUCUGGUGGGGGCCAAGUCAGGCUGAACACCUGAGCACAGGUGUGGGGGGGCGGGGCUUAAAGUCAGGGCUGCAGGGGCGGAGGAAACAUCCAGGGAUUUAAAGAGACAGUACGCUUUUUAAUCCUCUAAAGAAGGGCCAUUUAAAAACACGUGUAACCCGCAGUAGACUCGCUAUAAACCGCAGCUGUGUUCCUACGACCAGGCGGUGACAGUCAAAGGGAAUUAUGGGAUAUUAUCAAACAUCUAAAGUCGCAGUUAUUAUUCCCCCUGUAAGCUUCAAUUAUGCCCCCACCCCCCCCCCCCCCCCCCCCCCCCCCCCCCGCUUCACUCCCGUUAACGACACUCCAGUUUAGAGUCGACCAUUUCAAAAAGGUACUGGCCCUUUAAAUCUUUGGUCCCUCCUCCUCCUGCUGCUUGUAGUUUAUUUUUAUUUUUUAUUAAUGACCUGUGUCGCCUCUAUGAUCAAAAUAACUGUCGACUUCUCUCUGCUCAAAGCGUGGAGAGUAAUGUACAGUAACGGUAAUUAAGGAAUACAGAUUUGAGCAAAGGGUGUUGUAACUGGCAGUAAAUCCUUUAAGAGCAAGCGUGAAUUAUGAAGUGUGUUGGGAUGAGGGCGGGUGGGUGGGUUGGCGGGCGGGCGGGCUUUGUACAAUAAGUCCCGUCUCUACUUGAGUGUGUCUUUACCCCCACAGCGGAGCGCUUUAAACAACUACUCCAAACUGAGCACUUGCUUGAUUGGAUCCCCCUAAUCAGUAGCGUUAGAUGAAACCAGGAUGACUGCGUCUCCCUUUUUACAGUUUUUUUUCUCUUUGGUGUUGAAUAUGUAUAAAACUAUAAUCUCUGGGUUCUCAUUUGGUGGUUUUAUUUAUACUUUGUGUACAUAGUUAUAUAUAUAUGUAUAGCUUGAAUGUAUGAGCUUGUAAUGACCCCAAUGAUUCACGUAGUUUCCCCACAGUGUCGUGUAGAAAGCGUCGAAAAAAACUCAGAAAUCGGCAGCUAUGUAAAUACACGACUCCUCACCGGUGCUUUUGGAUUCUGAAGAUUCACGCUUGCUCUCAAAGCCCUGGGUUUGUCAACACUCCAUGUGUGUGUAGUUUAUUUCUAGUCAGUAGCUUCCUCUUCUGGUUUGUGUUGGUUAUUUUGAUCGUAGAGGUUGUUCGUGUCUGGAGGACUCAGUAGAGGAAUGUGUGGGGGUUAGGUCAGGAGGGGUCAAAAAGGGCAAGAUAAACUUGAGGAAAACCCAACGACAAAAAGAAAAUAAUAAAGGUUUUUAUUGACA